GAUGCAUUAGAUAGUGGUUUGGGCCUCUCUUGAUUGUCGGGGGAUAUUUGCAUGCUAUCCAGCGGUAGUGACUCACAGAGCCUGUCAAAGACUCGCUCGCACUCCUGCGCUGCCCUGAUUUCGCGCGCGGUGCAUAUAACCUCCAGCACGCAAAGCAGCACACUGCUGGCCGCCGCGCGCGCGGCUGUCCAGCAACGCAUCGAUCAUGGCGAACGUCCUGCAAAUCGCCGACGCCCUCUACGCCGAGGACAGGGACGCGAAGACGCUCGCGCAGCGCGUCGCUUCGAAACUUGAGAGAGACGGCGUGACAAACCUGCCUCUCUUGACGCAAGAAAACUACGCCACCGGGCGCACGCCGCCCGGCUCCCUUGUUAGAUAUGUGGGCAUGGUCCAGGACAUGGGCAACCCCGAGUUCUACGCGCCCUCGGUAAGUGUAAACGGCACGGACGUUUGUGUGGCUUUUCGGGAUGAAUUGCCUGCGGGCGCGGACCCGUCCGACGCGACCCUAGCCGAUAGAAAACCCUUCUUCUGCGUGGCGCCGCCGGGGCUCACGGACUGGGCCUCGCCACGAAGUGAAGUGCCGCCGCCUCCUCCAUCAACGUCGCAAGCGACGAAGCGGCAGAGAGAAGAAAGCGACGAGCAGCCCGCUCAGAAACAACCUUGUGGAGGCAACGCCUUCGCCUACUCUUCGACAUCGGCAGCCAAAGCCGUCUCCACGCCGCCCGGCGUUUUGGUACGAGUCUACGGCGACGACGGGCCCCGGCUCAACGAACUCGUAGAAAUCGUCGGCGUCGUCGGCGGAGGUUUGACGACGACGGGCCUCGAAGUUACGGAAGAGGACGACGCCUUCGACCGGCAGCGGUUGGAAGAUGAACAGGCCUGGGACCCCCCUACUUCCAAAGUCGCUAGAUUACACGCGCUGUCGUGGCGUAGAUUGGACCCGUCUCAUCCCGUGCCGCCCGGCGCUCUCGAUAAGGCGACGGCGGACUCUAUCCGGAUUGCGUUGCUGGAGAGGUUAUCAAUGGCGUUGGAUGGCGACGCCAUAGGCGCGGAGUACGCCCUGUGUGCUCUACUUGCGAGUGUGGACAAACGCAAGGAUGGACGCGCGGUGGGCGCAUUAUCCCUGGGCCUGUUCUGUGAGGCUGCGCAUGUCGACCGCGUCGCUCAAAACCUGGCAAGGGUCUUCGGCGAGGUGCUCCCUCGCGUCGUUUCUGUAAAAACGUCGACGGCGUCCGCUCCCUUACGUUCUCCUGGUUCGGAGCGACUGGCCAUGUCCUCGCUCCAGAUCUGCGACGGCUCCGCGUUGAUUACUGUGGUCGACGGUCAGGCCCCGGCCUCGCCGGCCGCGGCCGCGGCUACUUCUGCAUUGAGACAGCUCUAUGGCUCGGCAAAGCAAAUCCCGUUCAAUUUCGGCUUCUCGGAGGUCAAGGUGCCCUGCGACGUCGUCUCCGUGCGCAUUGGAGUUACCGACGGUUCGAUCGAGUGCGACGUUGAUUUACCACUGAAGCUAUCGCAACAAUCAUCGCUACCCGAUGUGUCGGCGAGCACGCUGGCGAUCAUGCGGCAGUACGUCGCGGCAGCUCGACGCGUCAUCGUCGAUAUUGAUGAAGAGGGCGCCUCUGGCUUGGAAGAUCAGUUCGUGGCUGCUAGAGCCACUGGGCGCUUACCGUCCAGAGACGCGGAAGGCCGAUUACACCAGUGGGUCUCCGUGUCGAAAUUGAAAGCGAGAGCUCUUGGCUCCGUGCAUAUGAACCCGCCACACUACAAUGAAGCGUUUGACUUGGAGGAAGAAAGGGCGAAUCGUUUGAAGGAACGGACGAAACUGAUGCGCACCAUGGCGCCGCCGCCGCCCCGAUCCGUGCAGCACGGUUUUCGAUCCGGGUUCCUGAGCGCGAAGGAGGUGGGGUUAGCUGAUUAAGUCGUUGGUC